AUGACAGAAGAAAGCCACGAUAUUGAGACUGCCUCCAGCAAACAGGCUUUCACUCAUCUGUCCAACGCCGCAGCGGCCAUUCUCUCCCGCCAGGUCCAUAGCACAACAACAGUCGUCAGAUACAAAAGUCUUUUUCGCUAUGCAACGAAUUACGACAUUUGCUUUCUCGCUGUCAGUGGGUUCAGUGCUAUUGCAGCAGGUGCAAGUUUGCCUUUGAUGACCAUCAUCUACGGCUCCCUCGCCGGUACCUUCCAAGGAUUCUUUCUAGGCACUCUCUCGGGCUCACAAUUCAUGCAUGAGGUAAAUCGGUUGACGCUGUAUUUUGUCUACCUCGCUAUUGGCCAGUUUGCCACGAUUUACAUUGCCACGGUCGGCUUCAACUAUGUCGGCGAACACAUCGCCGCCAAAGUCCGAGUAAACUAUCUCGCAGGUCUCCUCCGACAAAAUAUUGCUUAUUUCGAUCUUCUUGGAGCUGGCGAAAUUACAACGCGAAUCACGGCAGAUACCAAUUUAUUCCAAGACGGAAUUUCAGGAAAGCUGGCAUUGACCCUUCAAGGCUUCGCAACCUUCAUCACAGCCUACAUCAUUUCCUACAUUCGCUAUUGGAAACUGGCGCUUAUCCUGACUUCGACCAUUGUGGCUAUUGUCCUUACGGGAGGAGUACUAGGUCGUCUAUCUAUUGGAUGGUCAAGCCUCUCUCUUGCGUCUUACGCCCAGGGUGGAUCGAUUGUCGAAGAGACGAUAAGCUCGAUUAGAAAUACCAUUGCAGCUGGUACGCAGGACAGGCUUGUCAAAGCGUACGACAAACACUUGGCCGAUGCUGAAACUCCUGCAUUCCGAGCGAAAGCGACGACCACCGCUACGGUCGGAUUCAUGAUGUGUUACAUCUAUCUGUCUUACGCACUAGCUUUCUGGUUGGGCAGUAAAUACGUUGCAAGCGGAGAUUGCUCUCUGAGUGAUGUUCUCACAAUCCUGCUGGCCAUAAUCAUGGGCGCAUUUGCAUUAGGUGGCGUGGCGCCAAAUAUGCAAGCAUUCGCGACUGCGAUCGCAGUGGCCUCAAAAAUUUUCUCGACAAUCGACCGCCCUUCCCCCCUUGAUCCCAACGACAAGAAAGGGCAUAGAAUUGACCGCUCCGAGCUCAAAGGCCUGGUUGAAUUUCGUCAAAUCAAGCUUAUCUAUCCCUCGAGGCCACACGUUGUUACUCUGGACUCGGUGAGCUUCAAUGCACGACCCAACGAAACAACAGCCCUCGUAGGAGUAUCGGGUUCCGGCAAAAGCUCCAUAGUGGGCCUUCUUGAGCGCUUCUACGAGCCAUUGGAAGGGGACAUUCUGCUCGAUGGAGUCAAAAUUGAGGAGCUUAGUCUACAAUGGCUUCGUCAGCAAGUUAGCAUUGUUUCACAAGAGCCAGUCCUAUUCGCUACGACAAUCGCACACAAUAUUCGACACGGUCUCAUCGGUACCAAAUACGAGCACUUACCAGACGAUGACGAACAGGUAUUGGCGCUUAUCACCGAAGCGGCUAAAACGGCCCAUGCUCAUGAUUUUAUCUGUGACCUUAGCCAAGGAUAUCAGACCAAUGUCGGCAUACGCGGUCUUCUGUUAUCAGGCGGUCAGAAACAACGGAUAGCUAUAGCACGAGCAAUCAUCGGGGACCCCAAGAUAUUGCUGCUAGACGAAGCGACUUCCGCUUUGGAUACAAAAAGUGAAGGUAUAGUUCAAGCUGCACUAGACCGUGCCUCUCACGGCCGGACCACGAUUGUUAUUGCACACCGAUUGAGCACUAUCAAACAUGCCCACAACAUUAUUGUCAUGUCUCAUGGAAAGAUUGUCGAGCAAGGCACCCAUAAUGCCCUACUCGAAGCAAAGGGAGUCUAUCAUACGCUUGUCGAAGCCCAGGGAAUUGUAGACCAUAACAUAUCAACAUGCUCUGAUUUGUUUCCAGUUACUGAUCCUUCGAAUCCAAAUGAAAAGGUGCGAUUGAGUGGGAACACUGAAGAGGAAAAGAGAGCUACACAAACCGAAGCAGCAUCUCUCACCAGCACCACAGGGCCAGAAGCACAGCAAUACCCACUCUGGCGCCUGAUUACUACAGUGGCAUCAUUCAACAUACCUGACUGGCCCUAUGGUCUCGCCGGCAUACUCUGUGCAUUUGCAACGGGCGGAGCGAUCCCUGCUCAAUCAGUCCUGUUUGCUAAAUCCAUAGCUUCCCUCGCUCUACCGCAGGACGACAACGCAAAGUCUCAGGUCGCCUUCUGGUCGUGGAUGUUUUUCUUGCUUGCUAUCGCGCAGCUGUUUGCAUACUUAGUACAGGCAUAUGUCGUAGCAUGGUGUAGCGAAAAAUUGGUUCGCAGAGCCCGAAAUGCUUGUUUUCGGGCGAUAUUAAGACAAGAUACCGCGUUCUUUGAUAGGGCUGAGAACUCAGCAGGCGCUUUGACGUCUUUUCUUAGUACCACAGCCAAUAACUUGGCUGGAAUUUCGGGGUCCACGCUCAGUACGAUCCUUUCCGCUAUAGUCACUCUUUUUUCCGGUUUCAUAAUCGCAUUGGCGAUCGGCUGGAAGCUGGCUUUGGUAUGCAUCUCUACAGUUCCAGUUGUUCUUGGGUGCGGUUUCUGCCGCGUCUGGGUGCUGGCUCGGUUCCAGGCUCUAUCAAAACAAUCUUACGAAGGCUCCGCAUCUUAUGCAUGCGAAAGCACUUCCGCUAUUCGCACCGUGGCAUCUUUGACGAGAGAGGAUGACGUUCUUUGCAAUUAUCGCCAACAGUUGCAUGAGCAGGGUAUACGCUCUCUUACAUCGAUCUUGCAGUCCAGCGCACUCUACGCGGCAUCUCAAAGCCUUGGAUUUGCGGUCAAUGCCCUUGCCUUCUGGUAUGGCGGCCAGCUCAUCGCUCAACACGAGUACUCAAUUUUCCAAUUCUUCGUGUGCUUUUCCGCCACGGUAUUUGGUGCACAGUCUGCUGGGAUUAUAUUUAGCUUUGCGCCUGAUUUGGGCAAGGGCAAGCAAGCUGCUACCGAUAUGAAGACCUUGCUUGAUCGCCAACCGAUUAUUGACAGCUCUUCGAUGGAAGGUCAAUAUCUGAAAAGCACCAAAGGUGACAUUGAAUUCCGCGAUGUCUACUUCGAGUAUCCAGUUCGGUCGCAACUUGCUCUUCGGGGCCUUAACAUUCACAUCAAAUCUGGGCAAUACGCAGCACUUGUCGGAGCAUCGGGAUCGGGAAAGUCGACAGCAAUCUCGCUCCUGGAAAGGUUCUACGACCCGACACGUGGCGCCGUUUAUCUGGAUGGAAUUAAUGUGUCAACGCUCAAUGUCGCUACAUACCGCCGGCACUUUGCGUUAGUGGCGCAGGAGCCGACGUUGUAUCAAGGUACGAUUCGGGACAACAUCAUGAUGGGCACGAAAGAUGAGGAGACCAUCUCGGACGAGGCCUUCAUGCAAGCUUGCAAAGACGCGAACAUUCUCGAUUUCAUUCAAUCACUUCCAGAUGGCUUCAACACAGAUGUUAGAGUGAAGGGAUCUAUGCUCUCUGGUGGGCAGAAACAAAGAGUCUGUAUUGCCCGAGCGCUCAUUCGCAAUCCAAGGAUACUUCUCUUGGAUGAAAGUAGCAGCGCGUUGGAUUCUGAAUCAGAACAAGUCGUCCAGGCCGCCUUGGACGUGGCUGCCCAGGGUCGCACGACCAUUGCCGUUGCUCACAGACUAUCCAGCAUUCAGCGAGCAGACAUCAUAUUCGUGUUGGACAGUGGGCGUGUGAUUCAAAAGGGUACUCACAGAGAGCUGAUGGCAAGACAGGGGCGAUAUUCCGAGCUCGUUCAUCUGCAAAAUCUGCUACAGACAUAG